AUGGAUAGAAUGAAAGCACAGCAACAAACAUCAACAAAUAAAAAACGUCCAUCAACAUUUGCUGUUAAACGAACAACAACAUCAACAAUAGUUCAAGUUGAAAAAACACGUCGUGUUGCAGCUAAUGCACGUGAACGUCGCCGUAUGAAUGGUCUUAAUACAGCAUUUGAUCGUCUUCGAACUGUUUUACCAUCAUCAAUGUUUCAACAACAAAGACGUUUUUCAAAAUAUGAAACAUUACAAAUGGCUCAAAGUUAUAUUGCUGCACUUCAAUCAAUUUUACAACUAAAUACAUCAUCAUCAGAUAAUGAUCAAAGUCUUACAAAUGUAAGUAAUACAACAGAUGACGAUAUGGAUAAUCAAACUCAUGACUAUUAA